CACGACGGCGUCGCGGACGGCGGUGACACUGAAAGACACGCUCAGCAGAGGCCCUCUACACGCACAGCAGCGACAUAACAAACAUACAGAACUCUUACAACAACCUUCACGCGGCGACAGUGAGCGCAGACGCGCAUCCAGCUACCAGCUCCAAACCCCUCGACACCACUCACUAUGCAGAACCAGCAGAACACCCAGCCCGGGCAAUACACCUUCCCCAUCUCCGGGUACACCACGCCCUACACGACGACCCCCGCCGCGACCGAGCCCUCGCAAAGUCAGCCUGCGUACCUGCCCGCUGCUAGCACAUCUACAUCGAGUGUACCAGUCGCCGGAACCUCCAGCGUAUCAGUCGCUGGGACGUCAAACGCAGCGGGGUCUUCGAGCGCGCCCCUAGCUGGCACCUCUAGCACCCAAGCAUCAAACGCCCCCGGCCCCUCCCGCCAACAGGCCGAGGAAGCGCGCAAGGACCGCACGCUCGCCGAGUUCCUCCUCAUGUUGGACGACUACGAACCUCUGAUCCCGAACGAGGUCACGGACUACUACCUCCAGCGCGUCGGCUUCGAGUGCGAGGAUGUUCGACUAAAACGCCUCCUCUCGCUCGCCGCGCAAAAGUUCGUCGCCGACAUCGCCGGCGACGCGUACCAGCACGCGCGCAUCCGGACCAAUGCGGCGGGCGCGCGCGGCCGGACAGCAGCGCCGUACGGCAUGUCCAAGGACAAAACCCGCACGACGCUUACCAUGGACGACCUCUCCGCCGCGCUCUCCGAGUACGGCAUUGACGCGCGCAAGCCCGACUUCUACUUGUGAGCGGGCGCCCCGGCGCCUUUGCUUGUGAACAUCCCUGGACGCUAUCACUUUGUCUGCUUUCCCCCUUGUACUGCUAUCCACGCUUGUAACACUACAUAUCCUCGCAAUCGCAUGCAUGCUCAUCGUUGAUCGUUACAAAUACAACAUGAUUCGGUCUACCAACACUCACAAGCAAGCUAGCUCUUCCAAGCCCGCCUCGACCCUCGCAACCAACCUCCCAUCCCCCAACCACCCUCACCACCCCUCACAAAAUAAACCUGAACCCAUUCACCUGCCUCACCCCCGCCGCAUUCGCCUCCAACCCCGCCUCCUCCCCCCUCCUCUCCAUCCUCUCCAACUUCCCAUUCUCCCUUGCCAGCACGAACCGUAUCACCAGCGCCAUCCCCGCGCACGCGGCCGCUAUCCCCGCCAUCACCGCCCCGCCCGUCACGUAGCGCGGGCCCUCGGAGGCGGGGUAGAGGAAGGAGCCG